GUCAUCUCCAAGACCCGAUUCAGAAGCCACAGCAAUAUCCCUGGUCCAGUCUGCGGUGUGAAUGGGUUUCAUGCCGCUGUGACUCGGCUUCAAACCAGUGUUCAAUGACUCGGGAUUGUGGUAUAAAAGGGGUAUAUGGUGCUGAAUGGUCAUUUGUAGCCAAAAGGCGAGUAGGGAAAAUGGUAUGUGCUCAUCUUCCCAUUUUAGGUGAUGUGAGGCAUCGAUCUCUAUCUAUAUAGCUCUCUAUCUAUCUAUCAUCGUCAUCAUCAUCAUCAUCAUCUCCGUGUUGGGAGACAGGGCAGCCGCCUGCCCCAGUGUGUGCUGUGACCUCGCAGCUCUGCCUCUCAGUGAUACGUGCACCGGGACGCUGCUGCUGCACUGUCACUGAGCCGGGGGCGGGGCUAGUGACGUCAAGGGGGCGGAGCAGGAAUCUGUGUCUGGGCGAUUGCUGCUGCUGCUGCUGCUGCUGAGAGGACGCAUCAUCAACCUGCAAGGAGUGGCAGCCGCUUUCCUUCUGCAACAAGGCACCCUGACCCCCAGCUGCCGCCAGCACCCCGCAUGUCACAGGGGGGGAGCAAAGCAUUGGACGGAAAGGGGGCUAUACAAGUAAGUGAUAAAUGAGUGCCUAGCAGGAGGAAAUGUUACAGCACUGUGGAACUGGUGCCAAGAUGAACAAAGUCAUUAACAGAAAAAAUUGAACAGGUGCGUCACUCUCCCGAAACCCAGAUGACGACAAGACAGCGCAGUCCUCGUCAUGGGGCCAGACCUCACUCCACUAUCGAUGUUGCCUCUGAAAUGUUGGGUUUAUCAUUGGCGGGAAAUUUCCAUGACCCAGAUGAACCAAUAUUGGAGUUUAGUUUGGCAUGCAGUGAGCUGACCACUCGAUCACUGGAUCGGAAGCCAAACAGUUUUGUUGCUGUUAGUGUCACAACGCCACCUCAGGCUUUCUGGACAAAGUAUGCACAGACAGAGAUCAUAGAGGGAACAAGUAAUCCCAUAUUUCUUAGCAGCAUUGCCUUCUUCCAGGACUCGCUAAUAAAUCAGAUGACCCAGAUUAAGCUUUCUGUGUAUGAUGUCAAAGACAGAUCUCAGGGAACUAUGUAUUUGCUGGGCUCUGGAAAGUUUACUGUGAAGGAUGUGCUGCAGGAGAAAAGCCACAGAUUGCAUUUACCAUUGUGGUCUGCUGAGCAGGAGCGUGUGGGUAACAUCACUGUAAUAGGCUGGGAAAUGGAGGAGAAAGCUGACCAGCAUGUCCCUGUGACUAGAUCAUCAGAUACUGUUAAUGGGAGAACUGUACUUUCGGUCGAUGAAAGUUUAACAGAAUCUUUAGGAAUUCGUUCAAAAUAUGCAUCACUGCGAAAAGAUACACUACUGAAAUCAGUAUUUGGUGGUGUGAUCUGUCGCAUGUACCGCUAUCCUACAACAGACGGCAACCACCUGCGGAUACUGGAACAAAUGGCUGAGAGCGUCCUCUCAUUGCACAUUCCCAGACAGUUUGUAAAGCUCCUACUUGAAGAGGAUGCAGCAAGGGUGUGCGAGCUGGAAGAGCUGGGGGAGCUGUCUCCAUGCUGGGAGAAUCUUCGCAGACAGAUAGUAACUCAGUAUCAGACGAUCAUAUUAACAUACCAGGACAAUCUGACCAAUCUCCAUCAGUAUAAAGGUGUUUCUUUUAAAGCAAGCAGCCUAAAAAGCGAUAAAAAAUUAGAAUUUGUUCCUACCAAUUUACACAUUCAAAGAAUGAGGGUUCAAGAUGAAUCUACAUCAGAUCAGAACUACGAUAUAGUGACCAUAGGAGCACCAGCCGCCCAUUGUCAAGGUUUUAAAUCUGGGGGAUUGCGGAAAAUGUUACAAAAGUUUGAAGAUGCAAAGAAAAACAGUUAUGAGGAAUGUUGCACCACAGCGUGUCCCCAGUCAAUCGUCUACAUCCCACAGGAUAUUAUUCGAGCUAAGGAGAUCAUUGCCCACAUCAAUACUCUGAAGACACAAGUCAGUUAUUAUGCAGAGAGACUUUCCAGGGCAGCCAAGGACCGAUCGGCCAAUGGUAUUGAGAGAACACUCUCCAUUUUGGCAGAUAAGACAAGGCAGCUUAACACAGUCUGUAACUGCAAACUGUUAUCCAGCGCAAUACAUGGACUUAAUGCUGCUCGGCCUGACUACAUAGCUUCCAAAGCAUCUCCGACAUCAGGAGAGGUGGACCAAGUUAUGCUGAGGAAUGACCAGGAUACUCUAGUGGCACGAUGGACAGGGAGAAACAGCAGGUCGUCUCUUCAGGUUGAUUGGCAUGAAGAGGAAUGGGACAAAGUUUGGUCAAAUGUGGAAAAAAGCCUGGAGUGCAUUAUUCAGAGGGUAGACAAGCUGCUACAGAAGGACCGCUUGCAAAGCGACAGCUGUGAAGACGUCUUCCAAUGUGAGAUAAGCUGCUCCAGCAAGAAAGGUAAUCAGAGAAGGAGAGCAUUCUGGAUAAACCCUGGUGCCUCAGAUGAAGAGGUCAUAAUAUCAACCACAUCAUCUUCAUCAUCUCCUGCAUGCCAUCCUUCCCAGUUCACAAAUAGCAGCUCGAGUACAGAAGAUGCUGGACCAGGGGAAUGGAGCGAGGCCCUGUACCCCCUACUAAGUACUCUCACAGACUGCGUGGCCAUGAUGAGUGACAAAGCAAAAAAAGCCAUGGUGUUUCUGUUAAUGCAGGACAGCGCUCCCACUAUUGCGCUGUGCUUGAGUCUCCAGUAUCGCAGAGAUGUCGUCUUCUGUCAAACGUUAACGGCCCUGAUCUGCGGCUUUAUUAUUAAGCUGAGGAACUGCCUGAAUGACGAUGGGUUCCUGCGCCAGCUGUACACGAUUGGUCUACUGGCUCAGUUUGAAAGUCUGCUCAGCACGUAUGGAGAAGAGCUGGCCAUGCUGGAAGAUAUGAGUCUAGGAAUCAUGGAUCUGAGGAAUGUUACGUUCAAAGUUAUACAGGCCAUAUCAAACGUUUCAACAGACAUGCCAGUUAUAACAGGGAAUCGUGAUGGAUUUAAUGUUCGCAUUCCGUUACCGAGCGCCUUGUUUGAUGCCCUUCCCCGCGAGAUUCAGAGUGGAAUGCUGCUAAGGGUUCAGCCAGUUCUAUUCAACGUGGGAAUCAAUGAACAGCAGACGCUGGCAGAAAAGUUUGGCGAUACGUCAUUGCAAGAAGUCAUAAACGUUGAGAGCUUGGUGCGGCUUAAUUCCUAUUAUGAGCAGUUCAAAGAAGUCCUACCGGAAGAUUGUUUGCCACGGUCUCGGAGUCAGACAUGUCUUCCUGAACUGCUCAGGUUCCUUGGACAAAAUGUCCAUGCACGGAAAAACAAAAAUGUUGACAUCCUUUGGCAAGCAGCUGAGAUAUGUAGACGAUUGAAUGGCGUUCGAUUUACAAGCUGUAAAAGUGCCAAGGAUCGUACUGCCAUGUCAGUGACAUUGGAGCAAUGCCUUAUCCUACAACAUGAGCAUGGAAUGGCCCCACAGGUGUUCACACAAGCACUGGAGUGCAUGCGCAGUGAGGGCUGUCGCCGGGAAAACACCAUGAAGAAUGUGGGAUGCCGCAAAUAUGCAUUUAACAGUCUACAGCUGAAGGCAUUCCCAAAGCAUUACAGGCCUCCUGAAGGAACCUACGGAAAAGUGGAAACUUAGGUUAUACUGAAUGUUUCCCUACAGCAUCUGUAGAUAUUCAUACAUGUGUAAUAUAAGAUUUUCACUGUAUGGUUUAUGGAGACGGCCCCCAUAUGAAUGGAGCAUGCACCGGAAGAUGGUUUGUUACAGCGUUUUAGCGUGACUUCUCACUAACAAGGCCGUUUAUGAACUGAACACUUGAAUACAAACUUACUAGUGACCUCACAAAUGUGGUGAAGCAGGAUGAUCCUUAGGAGGUUGUACAUGGUUGUAGCAUUCCCUCGCUGAGGUCCCUCUGCUAAAGAUGCUAGAAAACCAUGGCAUGUUAGGCUGCAGUUGUCCAUAAUAAAAUAUAGGGAGUAAAACAAAUGUUUCAAUGUUUUAGGCACUUUGGGUUAAAAUAUAGGAAAUGUUGUGGCAUUUGUUUCCACAGCUCAUGAACAUGAAGUGCAUCAGGGUGCAGGUGGGUGCAUGGGUUGGGUUCGUUUAUCCUCAGUAAUCCUUAGUAAAAUAGCAACAGGUUCCAUUUCACGCGCUCCUCUUCACUCCUGUUCUGAUAUAAGACCAUUAAACUAAUUUGUAAUCGGCAUCAAAUGCUGUACAUGCUGAUCCUACAGUGAAACCUGCAGCUUGCCAUCAUGCUCAUUCAACCCUGCUUUAAAGAUGCUACAAACCCAAUUUUUUUUCAAUUAGAUUUCUCUACUAAAUUAUGGCUGAAUAGCACCUCUGUGUGUUCCCUUACAGAGCAGAGAACACAGGUCUUUUUCUUCCCUAUCUUUGCUGCAACACAGUCAGCCAGUUGCAAAGAAGACCCAGCAUUUGCAGAAUUAUUAGGGAUUAUUUGUCUAUAUGAAGAAAGUUUUAUUCAGUCCUAUUUUUAUCUUAAUGAAUUUAGUGAAGAAGUCAGUGGUUGUCUGUACUGGAUUCAUCACAGGGAUCAUUGAAAACGAAUGCUGUUCAUACAUUAUACAAUUGUGCAGUGUAUGCAUGUGUCCAUUCUCAAAUAUCGAUCGGUCAGACAUGGUGAAUCGUUCAGUAUGUACAUAUGAUGCAAUAUUUUUGCCAUUGCAUUGUGCAGUAUAUGUCCUGCCGUGGCCAACUGACGGACACCCCUGUUCCUUCACAUGGGAGAAACAGGGAAAUGUCUCCUCUUUUGUGAAGGACCCACAUAUCGCUGCCAUAUACACUGUGAUAUGUAUUGCCACCAUAGUCUGACAAGACACUUUUAUCUGAACAUGUAUUCCCAGCAAUUAGUAACCCUCCUCUAGCGCUAUCUGCCUGCAACAGAGCAUAGAGGCGAGAACAGUCAUUUCCUCAUUAACCUUUCCGAUAUAUACGUAUGCAAGUACCAUGAUGCCGAGAUCCCUAAGGCAGUUUUUAUCCCAUGGGUGGCAAAAGCUAUUCAUUUCUGCUCUGGCACAGAAUGGCAGUUGUGUCAUACGUAACAUGAAACCAUGUUACUGGCAGGUUGUCCGUCUCAGUCCUGCAUCGCUGCGCUUCAUCGCCUUAUGGUGCGUCCUUAUGAUCAGCUUGUCAGUGUUAAUGAGUGUCUAAUUUCCAUUAAUUAGGCCUGUUCCUAUUUGUUAUAUUUAAGCAGUACUGUUUAAUUUUAUACAACAAUAAUUUAUUAAAAUAAAGCACAUUACUAGUUAA